AUGGGAAUGAAGACGUCAGAAGAGCGUGCGAGUGCUUUGCGAGCACUAUUCUCUGGCACAGAGACGACCAAAACCUGGAAAGUCAAAUUUUCUGGUCCCCCUGAUGUUGUGACAACUGCGAUGUUCCGCGCUGCUGCUCAUCGGACUGAAGGCUUGUCUCUAUCCCCGUUAGAAGAACGCUGGUUGGGGGUCCUUAGUUUUUUUGCAUCAGACGACGAGAUUACUCAAUGGGGUCAGAUUUACAUGGAGAACAAAGAAACCGCUCGUUCCAUUGGCGACAAGAGUAUACUUGCUACAUCUAUUCUACAGAUGGAUGACAAUGAACCUUACACUGCAAAAAUGCUUAUCAAAGAUGCACUUGCCGCUACACCCGAGAUUCUUGCUAGGCCUGAAAACGCUGUCGUCGAUAUCUCCAAAUUCACCGAUAAGGGCUACACCGAUAGUCCUGAGUAUGCUGCGGCUGUUGCCCAAUCUAACACAAGUGUUACCAGUUUUACCGGGCCCCCAACCCCUCCAGUCCAACUACAGUCAGUCGAGAUACCAGAGGGCGCGACAGAGGACUCAACAGAGAUCUUAGCAACGGACGACACAUCAACCAGAUGGUACAGAAUCUCGGUAGAUCGUUUCAAAUGUUAUGAAAAAGUUGGAGACCCUAUCACCAGUCCCAAAAAUGAGAUCUAUUUCUGCUGUGGAUCAGGCUCAGACGGAAAAAAAGAAGACUGA